AUGUCGAACCUGCCGGCAGGAUUUUUCAUCACAUCAUUAAAUGGGCAACGAUGUACCGCCAUUCCAAAGGCUCUUGGAGCAGCUAAUUCAGACGCUGCAGCGGCAGCAGCGGCUGUAGCGGCAGUGACAGCGACAUCACAGAUGCAACAGUUGGCGCAAGUCACGGCAUCCAGCUCUCAAGUACAAACCACCCUCCCGGAUGUUCCUCUGAGUAGCGUUGCUCCGCCUUCAUCUAUUGAAAUAGCCAGCACCACUCAACCCACAUCCACCUCGAUACCAGCUAUUACACCCGCCCCUCCCAUUAUCAAUACAAGUACUCCCGAAGCGCAAGCGAGUCCAAGUCCAAUUUCGAGUGCUGCGAGUCCCGCAUCGAAAGGUACGACCCCGACAAGAUCUUCUAGCACCCCUUUAGCAAAUACUCUGAAAAGCGAGGUUCGCGCUUCGCCAACCCCUUCAUCGGUGCCUAAUGGCAGUGAGAAUGCAUUACAAUCUCUCCAGUCUCUGGCAAUGUCCAUUCCUUCUGCAGCUGCCACCCCUACUCCUGCUUCGCUCUCUACGGAAUCUGCGACGGGUGAUGACAUAUCUUUAAAUCCCCGACUGACAGCUGCUCCAGUUGUGGGAGGCGUUCUGGGCGCGGCAGCCGCCAUUGCCGGCUUAGCAUUCCUUUUCUGGUUCUUGAGAAAGAGGAGGAAGGCUGGUAGGCAAUCACUCCUCACGCCGCUAUCGACUGGGCGGGACAGCGCAUUCUAUCCCCGUGAUGAUAAUGAAGUCGGAUCAUCAUCGUACAAUGAGAAAUGGAGGUCAGGAGUAGGAUCUCAAGGAAAUCCCUUCGGAGCCGCAGCCUCUAAGCUCAAGCUGGGAGUCGCGGGGGUUGGAGCCUCUUUAAAAUCCAAGUUAGUGAAGAAUGAUACGCCGAGUGUCAAUCUGAACAGGGGCAACUCGCAGUUCCUGGAUGGCCCGAUUUCCCAACACAGUCGGAAUAACUCGGUUUUAUCGGGGAGUGGAGGGAAUCUCACCGUUAAGGAUCGUCUCGACACCUUGCUGGAUCGCUUCAGAGAGAAAUUCAGUUUCAACCAGCGUGUACGAAAAGCGAACGAACCUAGUGACCCCUUCGAGGCUGCUCGAGGCAUGACGGAGAAACAAGCGAGGCUUAACAACCCUCAACCGGACUUCUCCCAGCUACUUGGGAUGGAUGACCGAGAACUGCAACUUCAGGCAGAGCGGAGCCGUGCUGCCUUGGCCAAAACCCAAUCCGGAGCCUCUCUUCCACCACUGGGGAGUCUAGGGCUGAACUUUGGAUCCAAUGAUCCUUUUGCGGAUCCGAUCAAGGCAACAGGCCCCAACGAGCAAAACAUACCUUGGAAGCCAUCUAAGGCUGCCACAGGAGGCCGCUCUGGCGACGCCUAUGACUCCAACUCCAACCCCUUUGAGGAUCCCGUCUCGCAAACUUCAAAUCCUUUUGCUGAUCCCACCUCCCAACGGCGGCCCUCCAUCUCCAACCCGAAUACAUACGUAGCCGAUAUUCGGCGCUCAAGGGGACAAUCCGUCGAUACCACAAACCGUCGCCCCUCGGGAGCUUACCGGCCACAGAGCAACAUGACCGGAGCCGUGUCCCGUUAUCCAUCAAGCAUCGCUCCCAGCCGAGACAGCUACAGGGAUACAAUAUUCUCUUCCUUCUCGGGCAACGCCCGAAAAGGUAAGGGACGAUCAGAUCCGUUCGAUCUCGAGCGUCCCGAACUUUGGCGCCGCAAUAAUUUCAACAACAGGACUUCAACCCGGCAACGAGGGACCACCAUGAGCGGCGGCCUACGAGAUAGCGAGAUGAAUCUCUACCCUACACCCCUCACCACGAACAACCUCCAGAACCAGGGAAUGCAACGCGUGCAGAGCAAUGCAACCUAUGGGAGUAAAUACAGCAGCGGCGCCCCUAGUCUCGUAGGCUGGGGUGAUCCAGGGCCUGAUUUAGGCCCCGGAAGCACGAAUAGCAGUAUGAGAGGAAACGCGAGCUCUAGUGGUGGGAGUGCCGACUUCAGCGCAAAUGGCGGAGCUGGGACCGGGGGUCAUGGUCGGCUUGGGCUUGAUGCCCAGGGGGAAAGGGCGCGACAACUUGCUGAUGGGAAUGUGAGUCCAAUUAGCUUGGAGAAUGGGGCCGGUAAUGGAGGGUUAGUUGGGAAGGCCAUGUGA